AUGGCCAUCAACUACCUCAUUUUGCUGUCCCGGCAGGGCAAAGUGCGUCUUGCCAAAUGGUUUACUACCCUCUCGCCAAAGGAAAAAGCCAAAAUCAUCAAGGAUGUAUCACAAUUGGUAUUGGCGAGACGGACACGCAUGUGCAAUUUCCUUGAGUACAAAGACACGAAGAUAGUCUAUCGACGUUAUGCCUCCUUGUUCUUUAUUGCUGGCUGCUCCUCUACCGACAAUGAGCUUAUCACCUUAGAGAUAGUUCAUCGAUAUGUUGAACAAAUGGACAAAUACUACGGAAAUGUGUGCGAAUUGGACAUCAUCUUCAACUUUCAAAAAGCAUACUUCAUACUUGACGAAUUAUUACUGGCAGGGGAGAUGCAGGAAAGCAGUAAAAAGAACGUACUGAGGUGCAUAAGCCAACAGGACAGUCUCGAAGACAUGGAGUAUCUACCCCUCAAAGAAACCGACGCAGUAACGAGCGCCCUCAAUUUCGACACGUCAGAUAGUCGGGUCAUUGGAGGCUGUGAUGUGUACACUACAAAGGCUGCUGGGUCUGACAAGAAGCUCUACAAGAAUAUUGAGAACAGCCUAGAGAGCAAGUAUGCAUCUCUCCUCAGUUUCUCGGCAGGCUUGCCCCCAGACGAAGCUAGAGAAGCAGGCGAAGCUCUCAAUCUGUCGCGCGCAAGCCCAUUCGGCCCUCUCAGCCAGAUCUCAAGUCGCCGUACGUUUGCAUACCUUAUCGCUACCCUCAAUGCAAGCCAUCCCGACUAUGACUUUUCACAAACCCUGCGCCCGUCGGACUUCCGUCGCGAAAGAAGCAUCAGAAAGGUCAUGAACAUAUUCGAUACAACCUUGUACAAUCUUCGUCCUCGUCAUAUCUCAGUAUCUGCAUUCCCGGGCAGGACUUCGGCCAUAAUUCCUGCGACACCUCCAGGGAUUGAGAAGUGGGAGCCGAAGAUGUGGGACCAAAUCAACCAGGCAAUAGAGCUGUCAGAAUGCAGCGUCUACACUUAUGCGCCAGAAGAUGAUCCGCUUACCGACAGUGAAGAUGAAGCUGCGCUGUGGAGCUUCAACUACUUCUUCUUCAAUAAAAACAAGAAGCGAGUCUGCUAUCUGUACCUGCGUGGUCUUAGUAGGGUGGGAACCGAAACGCCGGGCGGGUCUAAGACACCUUCCAGCAUCGUCACUGUGAGACCAAAGCGACCAGCAAGUGGAACGUGGAGCCUACCUGACCUCGAAGAUACAUCAAGGAAGCGCGCUAGAUUCUGGCUCGGAGAUAGGGCCGAGAAUGCGAUUUUGGUCACGAGCGAUGGCGAAGAUGACGAUGAAGUAGAGUUCCUUGGAGCGCAAGAGAAGGACAAGCCUGAUGAGGAGGAAGAUCUGAUCGAACACAGAGUAUUUGAGAGACUUAGUGACACGGCCAGUGAAAGUCCUUGCAAAGACCGGUCACCCGAAGCUCGUCGGACGAGGAGCUCGAGUGAGAAGGGGAAAAAUAUUGAGAAAGCACUUAUGGAAGAGACUAAUUUACACAAGGCGAGCAAUGGGGAAUGA